AUGACUACCCCAUCUCUUGACAACCCAGACUCGGAGGUCGUUUACACAAUCGACGAGGAGAAGACACAGGACGGGAUACCUUCAGAUGAACAAUCGGGGUCAAGCAUUCGUCUUCUAAUAUGGAUGACAGUUAACAUUUUGUCCACGGUAGCUAUCGUCUUCACCAACAAGUCUGUUCUUUCGCAUGCGAUGCUUCGAAACUCUCAAAUAUCAUUUGCGGCUUAUCACUUCACUAUCACUGGCUUGACCCUCUGGGUCACUUCUCGUCCUUGGUGUGGCUGGUUCGAGCCCAAACCCGUCUCUGCAUAUCGCAUCCUUCAUCUUGUUGCGGCCAUGUGUAUACAAGUGAUCUUCCAGAAUCUCGCCCUCGCCCACUCCUCGGUAAUCUUUCACCAAUUGGCGCGGCUGCUUUUAACCCCUGCAACUGCGCUGCUCAAUUACAUCCUGUAUCAAUCCAGCAUCCCUCGCGCCGCCUUCCUCCCCCUCAUUGUACUCUGCACGGGUGUAGGGGUCGUCUCCUACUACGACUCCCUUCCUUCUUCCAGAAGUACUGAGUCGACCUCAGCGCAGGGCAUCUUCUUCGCCUUCUCUGGUGUAUGCGCUAGUGCGAUGUACACCGUACUAGUAGGCCGCUACCACAAGAAAUUGCAGAUGAGCAGCAUGCAGCUUCUGCUCAACCAGGCGCCUGUCAGCGCGGCGGUCCUACUCUGUGUCGCACCCUGGGUGGAGACCUUCCCGACGGUUUCUACUGUGCCAGAGUCUUUGUGGCUGUCUAUUCUGGCUAGUGGCAUCAUGGCGUGUCUAGUCAAUCUCUCCCAGUUCUAUAUCAUCGAUGCGGCAGGGCCCGUUACGAGCACCGUAAUCGGGCAGCUGAAGACUUGCAUCAUCGUAGGCCUGGGCUGGGUCUUGUCUGAUCAUGUGGUCUCGCAUCAGAGCAUAGCAGGGAUUUUGAUGGCUUUGACCGGAAUGAGCUUGUACAUGAAAAUAAUCCUUAAGCAUCAGAAAUGA